CGACUCCGAGUGAUUUGACCCUCCCGGCGUGCCUUACACGAGUAGCUUCCUGUGUUAUGAAAACAUGCUGGAUUUCUACUAUAAUUGAAUUUAUUCCUUGACGUAUGGUUUGUAGCCAAACCACAAAGCAUACAAAGUAACAUUUCGUAAAAAUAAAUAAAAAUGGAGAGCGAAAAUCGGGUGCUAAAGAGAUCGUAUGAAGAUGAAGGAAAGUCGGGCUCAGAAGGAUCAGAGGAUGAUGAUUAUGUCCCAUAUGUUCCAGCCAAAAUACGGAAACAACAAAUGCUCCAGAAGAUGUUACGUCUGCGUGGGAAGGCUGUGGAUGAGGAGCAGAAGGAUAGCGGAGAGGAACAACGGGAUGAGGAGGAAGGCCUUGGUCCACGCUCCAAUAUUAGUCUCCUUGACCAACAUCAACAUCUCAAAGAGAAAGCAGAAGCUCGUAAGGAGUCUGCCAAAGAGAAACAGCUGAAAGAGGAAGAGAAGAUCCUGGAAAGUGUGGCUGAGGGCAGAGCCCUGAUGUCUGUAAAGGAAAUGGCCAAAGGUAUCAUAUAUGAUGACCCAAUUAAAACAAGCUGGAAGGCACCGCGAUACAUCCUAAAUAUGCCAGAGACAAGACACGAACGCGCCAGAAAGAAAUUUCACAUCCUAGUGGAUGGAGAAGGCAUCCCUCCCCCGAUCAAAAGCUUCAGGGAGAUGAAGUUUCCUCCAGCAAUUCUCAAAGGUUUAAAAAAGAAGGGGAUUAUCCAUCCAACCCCAAUUCAGAUUCAAGGAAUCCCCACAGUCCUAUCAGGUCGAGACAUGAUUGGCAUCGCCUUCACGGGGUCAGGAAAGACUUUGGUCUUCACCCUGCCGAUCAUCAUGUUUGCCCUGGAGCAGGAGAAGCGUCUGCCUUUUUUCAAGAGAGAGGGACCAUAUGGACUCAUCAUCUGUCCUUCACGAGAGUUGGCGAGGCAGACUCAUGGCAUCAUAGAGUAUUACUGCAAGAUGCUGGAAGAGGAAGGAGCGCCACAGCUGCGCACAGCUCUUUGCAUCGGAGGAAUGUCUGUCAAAGAGCAGAUGGAGGUGGUGAAGCAUGGCGUCCACAUGAUGGUGGCCACCCCAGGAAGAUUGAUGGACCUGCUCCAAAAGAAGAUGGUUAGUCUUGACAUAUGCCGCUACCUGGCCUUGGAUGAAGCAGACAGAAUGAUCGACAUGGGAUUCGAGGAAGACAUCAGGACAAUUUUUUCUUAUUUUAAGGGACAAAGGCAGACCCUACUUUUCAGUGCUACCAUGCCCAAGAAGAUCCAGAACUUUGCCAAGAGCGCUCUGGUCAAACCAAUCACCAUUAAUGUGGGCCGAGCCGGAGCUGCCAGCUUGGACGUUAUCCAGGAAGUAGAGUAUGUAAAAGAAGAGGCCAAGAUGGUGUACCUGCUGGAGUGUCUUCAGAAAACACCGCCUCCUGUGUUGAUAUUUGCUGAGAAAAAGGCAGACGUAGAUGCCAUCCAUGAAUAUUUGUUACUAAAGGGAGUGGAAGCGGUGGCCAUUCAUGGAGGAAAAGAUCAGGAAGAAAGAACUAAAGCCAUAGAAGCAUUUAAAGAAGGAAAGAAAGACGUCCUGGUCGCCACAGAUGUUGCCUCCAAGGGUCUGGACUUUCCAGCCAUUCAGCAUGUUGUGAACUAUGACAUGCCAGAGGAGAUAGAAAACUAUGUCCACAGAAUAGGAAGAACUGGACGAUCAGGGAAGACUGGUAUCGCUACGACGUUUAUCAAUAAGGGCUGUGAUGAGUCUGUGUUAAUGGAUCUGAAAGCUCUGCUGGUUGAAGCCAAGCAGAAGGUUCCUCCGGUCCUCCAGGUGCUCCAGACGGGCGAUGAAACCAUGCUGGACAUCGGAGGUGAGAGGGGCUGCACGUUCUGCGGCGGUCUCGGCCAUCGUAUUACCGACUGUCCCAAGCUGGAGGCCAUGCAGACCAAGCAGGUCACCAACAUCGGUCGCAAAGACUACCUGGCUCAUAGCUCCAUGGACUUUUAAAUGCAUUUUUCACCAGAAUACAAGUUGUUCUGAUUGGGGUUAAAAUAAUUCUGUGGAAACGCCUUGGUUACAUGUAAUGUCACUGAGUUGGGGAAGUUUAUUUUAUCAUUUUGUACAGAUCUGUUGGACAAAAAAGGAUUCCUUCUUUGUACCCUUUUCUCUUCGUUACUCAUUAUCAUAUUAGUAAAACACACCGAGGAACGUCAGAACUGUAAAUAAAACCCUUUAAUUUGA